AUGCCUGGCGUGGACGUCUGGCCAUCUGGGCACGGCGCCGACAACAUCGACGUCGCGAUUCGCAAACUCGCGAUGACUCGGAGGCGGAGGCGGGAGUCUUGCCGUCUGCGGUCUGCCCGUCUCGAUGGAGCCAAUGCUCCUGCCAUCCUGCUCGUCCUGUUGGCUGCUGCCUAUUGCAUGUGGAAGAUGCACAGCAAGGAGUCAAGGAACAUGAUCAAUACAGACUGCCGACUGCGGAUUGGAGCACGAAGAGUCACGCUUCGCGGCGUAUGGAACUCAGCAGCAACGCUGCUCGUGUAUGACGUCAUGAUGACAUCAAGCAAAGGAACACUGGGGCAAAACAGAGCACAGCUCGCGGCCGGCUGUUCAGGGUUCGCGGCCGCGGCUGCGCAGUCGCGGGCAAGGGGAGCCUGUGACAGGGCAGCGCCGCGUCCGUGGUCAGGCGCGGGACAGGGCGCGGCCUCGCCGGAGCUCGCAGGCGUGGCAGCCUUCUGCUGCGGCGCCCGCCCCGUGUCCGCAACGGCCAGCCCCGAGGCCACGGCGCCCGCCCCCAUGUUCGCGUCGAACGCCUGUGAGGCCGCCUCCGUGGUCGCGCCGGCCGCCACCAAGGCUGAGAGGCCGGCCCUGCUCACGCACGCCUUAUCCGCGCUGAUUGCGCCCAUGUCCGCGACGGCUGCCCCAAGGCCGCGGCGCCCGCCCCGUGUCCACAACGGCCAGCCCCGAGGCCACGGCGCCCGCCCCCAUGUUCGCGUCGAACGCCUGCAAGGCCUCCUCCGUGGUCGCGCCGGCCGCCACCAACGCCGCGCCCCCGGCUGCGAGGCCGCGACGCCCGCCUCCAUGGCCGCCCGCCUCGAUCUUGGGUUACGGGGAGGGAGUUACCCGUAG